CCUUCAAGGAAAACACGACCAAAUGUACUGUAAUGUUUUCAUAAAUAGUCUUGGUAUGGUCCUAACAUAAUUAAGUGUAUUAAGUUCACGAUAUUAGUUGUGAGAGUACUUCAUCAAUUAUAACAGUAAUUUACCGAGUGUUGUUGACUUGACGAAUGCACUGUCGCAAAACCGAACGAAACGGAAUACGGCAAGAUGGAACACGUUGAGCGGUGUGGUUGAUGGUCUUCACAUUCCACGAAAUAUGAAGAAAUUAUGCAAUUGUGUGUCAGACACAUCUCAGAUAAGUAGCAUACAUAAAUUAACGUUAAGUCGAUGAAGUUUGUUAACUUGCAUAGUACGUUUGGCAGCUGGUUUAGAAUCGGAUAUGUUUUUGGCAGUUUGCAAAAAUAAUUUGUUCAGCUGUGUGAGGGGGCACGUACCUACCCUCAGCUGUAGUAUUGCUGUCACUCGUUGCCCCAAACUGUUCAAGGGUGUGCUAGCAGAAUGGUGUCAGAAAACGCCCUCGAAGGCGAGAACGGAUCUAAAUUGGCACCAUCGUUUAAAACAAAAAGUUUGUGGUCUUGGACAAUGGUGGAGGUUAGCGCACAAUGGCAGACUACAUGACCGCAAGCCAACUUUCCGCGACGAGGGUAUUAUUGGUCACUGUCAGGGCCGCCCUCGACCGGUCUCAUUUACACCGCUGCCAAAAAAUCAGGAAAGUUGUAUAGCAUUGAAGGCAAGGACACACAAUCUCACGUCUUCGACUUGGCGGUCAAAACCUUCAUUGUGUAACUAUAACCUCCAGUUAUUCGAUUCCACUCGUGUUUUCAACGUCCGAGUUCCACUUGCAAGUUUAUCUGUUCACUCUGGAGCGAGAGCUUUCUGUUGUCCCCGUCCAAAGAAACCCAUUUUGGACGAAGAGCUACCUGUAAGCCCAUCUCAACAGGAUUCAAGGGAAAGUGUAUCUUUUCAGCAAGAUGCAAAGCCUCCAUCCCCUCAUCACGAACAUUUUCAAUUCAAAGAAUUGUAUGAAAACCCAUGGACGAUACCCAACUUUCUGUGUAUGGCCAGGAUUAUGUUGGCCCCAGUAUUGGGUUACUUGAUAAUCGAGAGCUACUUUCACAUAUCACUUGGCCUUUUCAUGUUAGCUGGAGCUACUGAUUUGUUGGAUGGCUGGAUUGCACGUAACUGGCCCAGUCAGAAGUCUGCUCUAGGAAGUGCUCUGGAUCCUCUUGCUGACAAGAUCCUCAUCAGCGUUCUCUAUGUCAGCCUGACCUAUGCCAACCUCAUCCCAGCCCCUCUUACUGCGCUGGUCAUCGCAAGGGAUGUGGCCCUGAUAGCUGCUGUUUUCUAUGUCCGAUACAAGACUGUUCCACCCCCAGUCACGCUAAGCAAGUUCUUCAACCCCUGCUACACCACCGCUCAGCUCAAGCCCACGUUCAUUAGCAAGGUGAAUACGGCUGUUCAGUUGCUUUUGGUAGCAGCGUCCGUGGCCUCUCCGGUCUUCCACUAUACAGACAGUCUGCUGCUGCAGUCUCUGUGGUAUAUCACAGCGUUGACAACUGUAUCAUCUAGUUACAGCUAUUACCAUUAUGGUAGGAAGACUGUUCAAAUAUUGAAUAGAACCAAGUAAUUGUAUUGUCAUGGAGACAACUUUGACUUGUAAGCAACAGCAGCUGGGAAAACAUUUGGAUAACCAGGCUGGGAAAUACUCGGAUUAGACGUUGGAAGCGAAGACAGUCUUGUCCUUCACCCAUGAAGAUCCCUGUAGGUCUUUUUAUAGUACAAAUUGAUUUGCUUACUGCAGAACACAGAAUUAUUUUUUUUUCAGUGUAAUGACUAGUAACUGUUCACCUGAGCUGAUCAACUGAUUGGUCUGCUACUCAUUUUUUUUAAAUCCUGUUUUGGAUCAUCCAUGGACAUGUUUUCUGAUUAAAACAAACUCACAAAAUCAACACAAAUCACGUCUCACUUACAUUUGUCAAUGACCUGUUUGUGUAGACAUGCAAUCAAUGUUAUCAUUUUUUUUUUUGAGUUAUGUACUUCUUGGGUUCAUUUUUAGAAGAAAUAUGAGAACAAUACUCAUGACUAUGAGAUCUCAGGAACACUGACCUUCAAGGUGAUCUUUUCCACAAAAAUAAAAAUGGAUAAUAAAAAUUG